AUGCAGCCAGGCGCCCGCUACCAGGGGCCAGGCACAUCGCGGAGCCGGAUCUGGGUAAAGACAGGGCGACCCGUGGGGAGCCCCGCCGAGAAUGCGGAGGCUAGACAGAAAGUUGCAGCUGCAUCAUGCUCCAAAACUUCAGGAAAGGCUGCCAAGAAAGCUGGAAAAGCCCAGAAAGCAAUUGCAAAGGGCGACAAGAAGAAGAAGCGCAGGAGGAAGGAGAGCUACAGUAUCUACAUCUACAAGGUGCUGAAGCAAGUCCAUCCUGAUACUGGCAUCUCGUCCAAAGCAAUGUCGAUCAUGAAUUCAUUUGUGAACGACAUCUUUGAGCGCAUUGCAGCUGAAGCUUCUCGCCUAGCUCACUACAACAAGCGUUCUACCAUUACUAGUCGCGAAAUCCAGACAGCAGUAAGGCUCUUGCUACCUGGAGAACUGGCUAAGCACGCUGUUUCUGAGGGCACCAAGGCUGUAACCAAAUACACCUCCUCUAAGUAAAUGGCAGAAUGCACUCUCAAAGAAGGAAAAUUAGGCUCCAUUGGAGCCACA